AUGCUUGAUACUUUGCUUAAGGAACAUGUUGCCAAUCUUGCUAAAGCCAACAAAGCAGUUGAAGAUUCUGCUCAAUCUUGUAUGCAAGAGACCGAAAACGUCGAUAAACUAAUCUCUGACACGAAAACAUUUAUAACAGAGAUCAACACAGUUGCAGCGAAAAAUGCUUCAAAUGCAAAUGAUGCAAUCGUCAAUCUAAAUGAUUCGCUUCGUAAAGAACGAGAGUCUAUUGAGAAGCUUUGGGCUGAUAUUUCAACUGAAAACUCUACUUUUCAAACAUCUAUCUCUUCAAGCCUUUCUAAAUUUCAAGAAGAUUUAGCUGUUGAAAGCAAAGUCAUGGACAAACUUGCACUUCGCACCACUUAA